GCGACGUCAUGCGGUCGGGCGCCCCACGGCCCCUCUUCCUCUCCAUCUCUGUCCACUGCGCCGGCGGCCUUUCUGCCAGUGCUGUACACUUAGGCCGCGAUAAGCCGAGUGCAGCGCGACGCAGUGGGCGAAGGUGCAAGACACAGGCGGCGAAACAAGGGAAGCUCGAGUUGGUGGGAGGCUGACACGAAUGAAAACGUCUGGAAGGUAAAAGAGAACCUUCUCUCGGCGGCUGUCUCAAAUCCCCGAUUUUAUUCCUUUUUAUACAGCUCCCCCCCGCGUCCCGCUCCUCACUCUGCCUCCAGCUUCGUUUGCCUCUUGUGAUAUCCGAUACCCACGACGUCCGUCCCUUCGUCGACGAUAACGCACCUCGCGACAAUGCCUUCCAUGCUUCUCAACCGGGCGGGUGCCCAUGGCCUGCGCUCCGCGGUGCGGGUGCAGCAGAUGAGGGGUGCUGCCACGCUCGCCGCCUUCCGGACGCCCAAGGUCUUCAAUGAGCCCAACCACCACUUUGCCAAGAACAGCGAACAGCGCGCUGGCCUGACUGCCGCCGUUGAGAAGCUCCAGAAGCAGCUCCCUCUCGAGGUCCCUGUUGUUGUUGGUGGCAAGGAGAUCAAGAUCUCGGCCCUCUCCAAGCAGGUCAACCCCGCCGACCACGCUACCACCGUCGCCUCCUACCACACGGCCACGCCCGCCGAUGUCUCCAAGGCCAUCGACGCCGCCCUCGCGGCCAAGCCCGCCUGGGAGGCACUCCCCUUCGCCGACCGCGCCGCCGUCUUCCUCAAGGCCGCCGACCUCAUCUCCACCAAGUACCGCUACGAUAUCAUGGCCGCCACCAUGCUCGGCCAGGGCAAGAACGCCUGGCAAGCUGAGAUCGACUCGGCUGCCGAGCUGGCCGACUUCUUCCGCUUCAAUGUCCACUACGCGGAGCAGCUGUACAACACCCAGCCCGAGCACCACAGCCCCGGCGUCUGGAACCGCCUCGAGUACCGCGCCCUCGAGGGCUUCGUCUACGCCGUGAGCCCCUUCAACUUCACUGCCAUUGCCGGUAACCUGCCCGGAGCCCCCGCCCUGCUGGGCAACGUUGUUGUCUGGAAGCCCAGCGACUUCUCCAUCGCCUCCAACUGGCUCGUCUACCAGAUCCUCCUCGAGGCCGGUCUGCCCAAGGACGUCAUCCAGUUCGUGCCUGGCAACCCUGUCGAGAUCACCAAGGUCGCCCUUGAGCACAAGGAGUUUGCCGCCCUCCACUACACUGGUAGCACCGCCAUAUUCCGCAAGCUGUACGGCGCCAUCGGCCAGGGUAUCGCCGAGGGCCGCUACCGGUCCUACCCUCGCGUCGUCGGCGAGACUGGCGGCAAGAACUUCCAUUUGGUCCACCCCUCGGCCAACAUUGACAACGCUGUCAAGCAGACUGUCCGCGGUGCCUUUGAGUACCAGGGCCAGAAGUGCAGUGCCACCUCGCGCCUGUAUGUGCCCAAGUCUAAGUGGCCCGAGUUCAAGGAGCAGCUCGCCGCUGAGGUCGAGAAGCUCACCGUCGGCGAGCCGACCGAGUACGGUAACUUCAUGGGUCCCGUGAUCCACGAGGCGUCAUUCAAGAAACUCUCUGGCGCCAUCGACGAGGCCAAGACCGACAAGGAGCUGGAGCUGGUUACCGGUGGCAAGUACGACUCUUCCAAGGGAUACUUCGUGCACCCUACCAUCUAUGCCACCACCAACCCCAACCACAAGUUCCUGUCGACCGAGUUCUUCGGCCCCAUCUUGACCACCUACGUGUACGACGAUGCGGCUCCCGAUGCCUUCGGCGCCGCUUGCAAGCUGGUUGAGUCUACCUCCGAGUACGGCUUGACCGGUGCCGUCUUCGCCGCCGACCGAGAGGCUGUCCGAUUUGCUGAGGAGCACCUUCGCAACGCCGCAGGCAACUUCUACGUCAACUGCAAGAGCACUGGCGCCGUGGUGGGCCAGCAGGCCUUUGGUGGCUCGCGAGCCAGCGGCACUAACGACAAGGCUGGCAGCCAGAACCUGCUGACCCGAUUCGUCAACGCCCGGUCGAUCAAGGAGGAGUUUAUGCCUACGACCCAGGUCACCUACCCCAGCAAUGAGGUCUAGGCAAUAUGUACCUGAAACGGAUCAAGAUUGAAGAUGAGUGCGAGGGUACAACGUGCUAGAAGCAGUUGACGUUUGAUAUUUGGUUGAUGUUGAGGAGUUUACGGGAACCACCGGAUAUGAAUUUGAUGUACAUCAUGCGCGAGCAUAAAAGCGCAUAAAAAGAUGCUCGGACUGCGUUGUACCGCGGUUUGGCUAGGGGCACUGAGUCGCGAGAGGAGCGAUAUAAAUUGAGCCGUGGAGAACUAGGGGCGAGAGUCUAGUUGAUAUCCAGGCAGGGGAUGAUUAUUAGUGCAAUAUUUAUGAAUAUACGUAAAUCACGUUAAGACUUGA